AUGAGUGCUCGUAUGGGCCAUCUAGGAGUGAUGAAGGGUGCAUGGACGGCUGGAGAAGACUCCCUCUUGAGAAAAUGCAUAGAAAAGUAUGGAGAAGGGAAGUGGCAUCUUGUUCCUCUGAGGGCAGGACUCAAUCGGUGCCGUAAGAGUUGUAGGCUGAGAUGGGUGAACUACCUCACCCCCAACAUUAAAAGAGGGAAGCUUACACCAGACGAGGUGGACCUCAUCAUCAGGCUUCACAAGCUCUUGGGAAAAAGAUGGACUUUAAUAGCUGGUAGACUUGCUGGAAGGACUGCCAAUGAUAUAAAAAACUAUUGGAAUUCCCAUUUGAGCAAGCAACAAGCAGCAAUGGAUAAGGAGAAGGAAGACUCAAGAACAUCUAAAGUUAUAAAGCCAAGACCUUGGACUCCUUCCAUAAACUUCAUUUGGGUAGACAGUUUACAAGCUUCCAAAGGAUGGAGAAAUUCGGAAGAAUAUCCAAUGCCAAUGCCAUCAUGUCUUCGAGAUGAAAUGGGAGAAAGAAAUGUUUUGCUCGAAAAUAGCAAUGAGAAUGAUAAUUCAUGCACCAACAAUGGAAUUGGAGAAGAAGUCCUCGCAAGGUUUCCAGUUCAAGAUAUUGAGGGUGUGGGACUUGAAUUGGAGACAUGUUUGGAAGGGUUUGACAGAUGGGAUGACUUGCUUUUGGACGAAGACCUUUGGGUAACAUUGGAUUUAUUGAGCUGAUGCAGAAGCCGUAUGGGGUAGAAUAGAAAGAGUAGUCAUUUGUGUUGUUAGGGAUAGAGAUUUCUCUAAUAAAGUGGUUCUUAUUUGAAACUGAGAGCACCAAAAUGUAUUAUUUUGUUAAGAAGCUGUGACUGCUAUUAGCUGAUGGCUA